GUAUUGAAUCGACGGGUGCAGUCGAGCUCCCUCUCUGUGUGUGGGCUGCUGCGUGCUUUGGGCGUUGUCGGGCGGGAGAGUUACAUUGCAGCGAAUGUGGGUGGACGAUUUUCAUACUGCCCCCGGUCUUUGGAAGGAUCGCAUGCCAUGGCGACAGAUUGCGCGAGAACAAGGACUUCUCUCGUCUGUUGACUGGAAGGGGUACACGAAGGGCAGGCGAGUAGUAUAGGAGAGGGCAGGGCAGGGAAGGGGAGGGGAGGGAAGGGUAGGGUAGGGUAGGAGGGAAGGAUUGGGGAGAGGGAAAAGGUUGGAAGACUGCUUGGGCGAGCUCUUGGGCUCUGGGAGUGUGAGCGGGUCUCACUUUUGCGUGCAAUCAUGACGACGGCUAUGGCGAUGGCGUCGUCUCCAUCCCGGUCGUGUUUGCCGAUUCUCUGUGUCCUUCUGGUUGUGCUGCCUGUAGCCAUCGGCUUUUAUCUACCCGGAGUUGCCCCGAAAGACUACGCAGAG